AGCUGUUGACAAUAUAUUCUGUAAUUACAACACAGACUUAAUUACCAAUCAAUAUGUCGUUCGCAAGGAGAGGAAAAUUUACAAUAUUUAUGUGCAUUUUGCAGAUUGUAUUUAUCAUUCUGUUUGGUGUUUUCGGUGACUAUGACCCCGCAGCGAAGCCCAGGCGUGAAGAUAAGAGCUCUGACAGCACUAUUGGAAUGUAUCCAAUGUUCCAGGAUGUACACGUGAUGAUAUUUAUUGGUUUUGGGUUUUUAAUGACCUUUCUAAAGAGAUAUGGCUACUCCGCUGUCAGUAUUAACCUUCUCAUCGCCGCUGUCAUCGUCCAGUGGGCUCUCAUCGUCCGUGGUGUCAUACAUCAGCUACUGCACGAUGAACACAAAUUUACGGUCGGAGUCGGAGACAUGCUCAGCGCGGAUUUUGCUGCAGCAACAGUACUGAUUUCAUUCGGGGCAGUUCUAGGAAAGACGAGUCCACUCCAGCUGAUUAUCAUGGGUCUCAUAGAAGUAGUGCUGUGUCAGAUUAAUGAGUAUAUUGGACUCGACAAACUCAAGGCAGAGGACGUUGGCGAAUCCAUGUACAUCCACGCCUUUGGUGCCUAUUUCGGUCUUGCAGCUUCACGUGUUCUGUUUUCCGAGGACAUUGAAAAAUCUUCAAAGGAAGGCGCAGUAUAUCACUCUGAUAUCUUCUCUAUGAUCGGCACUUUAUUUCUGUGGAUCUAUUGGCCUAGCUUUAAUGGUGGAGCGGCUAGUGGGGACGAACAGCACAGGGCUUUAGUUAAUACCUACUUGUCGCUAGCCGCCUGCACUGUGAUUACUUUUGCAUUCUCGCUGUGUGUCGACAAAAAUGCAAAGUUGGACAUGGUCCACAUCCAGAACGCUACAUUGGCGGGGGGCGUGGCCGUAGGAACGACCGCCCACAUGCCUCUAGACCCAUGGGGAGCCAUGCUGAUUGGUUCUGUGGCGGGAGUACUCUCCGUCCUCGGAUACAAAUUUCUUACGCCCGUUAUGGCGAGUAAACUAAAGAUCCACGACACGUGUGGUGUUCACAACCUUCAUGGAAUGCCAGGAGUUCUGGCUGGAAUAGCCGGCGCAUGCGCUGCUGCGUUAGCAAACUAUGACAAGUGGGGAGAAAGUUUGUUUGAGGUUUUUCCCGGGAUCGCCCCGAAGUACAACACAUCAGACUAUGAACAGUAUCAUGACGCCUUACAGUCAGGGUGGAGUGCGGGGCUAGGACGAAGCCCUCACGAGCAGGGGGGAUACCAAUUUGCAGCCCUUGGUUUGACACUAGUCAUAGCUAUUGUAGGAGGUGCUUUGACUGGCCUUUUGCUGAGACUACCAGUGUGGGACAACCCUAAAGGAGACGUUUUAUUUGACGAUGGAGAUUUCUUUAUUGUUGCCGAGGAAGGUUUUCCCUCCUCUGGUGAAUUCGGACUUAAAGACACCAAGGAAGAUACUAGAAUUCACUUAAUGGAAAACGAGUAGACAGAUGUUGUAAGUGUUUUCUAAAGGUUGCCUGGGUUGGUGUGAUUUACGUGGUUUUUUGACAUCACAACAUCGAAUCAUCGAAUUAUGACUCAAGUAAGUUCCAAGUGUCAAAACGAAACGUUUGCAUGAAGGCUUUAGAUACAGUAAACAUACUUCAUACUAUAUAAAACAGAAAUAAAGAAUAAACAAAGGACAUACAAUACAAAGUGUCUGAAUACAUCACUUUAUUCCUCCCGAUUUCGUACAGAACGAGUGGGUUAGUGGUAAAUGCGAGGUAACUCUCCCUCAUAUGUAUACCAGAAACGGACAUACAUGUAAACCGUUUUGCGCAAUAUUCCCGAUUUAAUGACUGCAUCAAGAAAUCAACAAUUAAAUUGACUUAUUAAUUUAAAUAAUGUAUAUAAAAAAGACACACAUGUACCUUAUCAAAGAUUGUACAAAAGUGUAAAAAAAAUCCUAACAUCAGGCUUCUACAAGGUAUAUACAUGGGAGACAACUCCUCAGAGCUUAGUUGGUAAUUUCAGUGGACUGUUCUAUACGAACCAGUCAGAUCACGUGUACAUAAACGUCCCCACCUUUUGCCCUCACGACCAUAAUGUCGUGCGUUCUGACACAGAUGUACCCGUAGGUCCCAGCAUACCUGUAAUGGCACACAUUUUGCCCUCACCACCAUACGAACGUGCGUCCUGACACAGACGUACCCGUCCGUCCCAGCAUACCUGUAGGCCCACUGGCACACAUUUUGCCCUCAAUACCAUACGAUCGUGCGUCCUGACACAGAUGUCAGUCCGUCCCAGCAUCCCUAUACGUUCACAGCUUGGUAGCCCCGCCUUUCACACCCCUGUACACUCACGCGCACGCAAUUACACGCCACUUGUAAAACCUAAAGAAACAGCGUUAUUCACCCUGUUUAUACAUCGCUGCAGUAAUCGGUGACGAGACAUGUUCAGUACUUCUGCUUUGUUUCGUUUUGAUGUUUGGAACUGACUUCUCAUUAUCUUAACACUUCUUUGUAUUUUUACAUUAGAUGGAUACAUGUUAUGCCAAAACGUAUGUGGAUGGUGACAGGCAAAUCUUAUUAGCUGGAGUAGGUUUGUUAACUGAUAUAGAAAAAAUAUUGAUAAUAUAGGUAUAUAUAUAUAUUAUACUACAUUCAGGUAGAUAAACAUUGAACAUAAAAUGGUAAUCUUUAUUAAUCUUAUUAAUUUCGUAAAACGUAAAGUAUGUUAUGGAAUAUAGUAAUUUGUGGACAAGACGUAAAAUAUCUUCCAUUGAUACGCUCCUGUUUUUAAUUUGUCGUUAAAGUACAGUAAAAAUCGGUAAAUUAAGGCAAAAUGACGAAUUGAUAAAAUAUUAAAAAGAUAAACUCUAAUAAACUACUUUAAAGUAUUCGGAACUUCGUUAAAAGAAUUAACAGCUAUGGAUAUGGUGGCGGGAGGUACUAUUUUACCAGUAAUUCUGAAGAGUAAAGCUGUACAAAUUACGAGAGUAAGUACAUAAAUGUCAGUAAUGAUACAUUCAAUGUUAGUUCUGAGUACGUUAAUACAGGCUAGUUAAUGGGUGUAUAUGACCAAGGAUUUAGCUAGAGUAAACAGCAGCAUGCUGUACAAUACUUCAUUGUCUAAUUAUACUGAAUCUAUUUCUAAAUCUCUUUAGAAUUGUGCUAUUUUCUUGAGUGUAUCUUCUAAUCAUAAAAACUGCGAUAUAUACAGAAAUGGACCUUGUGAAUUUCAUGCCAAAUGAAAAAUUUGUUUUUUAAGAGAGACGAUUUGAGAAUAAAUUUAUAAUUUACGAACUGUCAACAGCAGAAGUACUAGACAACCAACAUUCUUGCAUUUUUCAAAUUAUUCAUUAAUUAUCAUACGUAAAUUGAAUCGAUUUUAUAGUAUCACAUAUAUAUAUAUAUAUGUAGAGAGUAUUUGUGUAAACAAAUCAUAGUUAUGUCAAUAUAUUUCAUUUGAGUAUAUUUGUAUUAGUGGAAUGUGCUGCUAAGUUCUGAAAAUGUUAACUGGAUAAAUGAGAUCAUACCAUACCCUGAUAUGUUAAUAUAUGUGUGUACAAUCAAUAGUUUUA